AACCGCUGACCGGACCGGUUGAGGAGAGGCUCUUGUGCCGACCCGGGGAAAGAGCUGCGCGCCGCAGCGCCAUGGCGUCGUCCUCGUCCUCUCGCACCCGACUGUCCAAAGGAGAGCUGCUCUUGGCCGGCGCUGGUGCUGGAGUGAUCAGCAAGACCAUGACCGCGCCCUUGGACCGUAUUCGGAUGAUCUUCCAGGUGCACCGAAAGCGAAGCUUCACGUUGGAAGGCUUCCGGCAGCGCGGGAUGAACAUCGUGCGGGCCGAAGGAAUCUUCGGCCUGUGGCGGGGCAAUCUGGCGGUGAUUCUUCAGGUGAUGCCAUAUGCUGGCUUGCAAUUCAUGACUUUCGACCAGUAUCAGCAGCUUUUAGAACCUGCUUGCUCUUCCCCUUGCCUCGUGCGCUUUGUCUCCGGGGCCGCCGCGGGGGCCACGGCCACGUUGUUCACCUACCCCCUGGACCUGCUGAGAACUCAGAUGGCCAUCAGCAUGACGUCGCUCUGGGACCGGAUGCCGCACAGCUCGUACACCGCGGCGGCGGAAGAAAUCCUGCGGAGCGAAGGCAUUCCCGGCCUCUACCGGGGCCUGAUGCCCACCAUGCUGGGCAUUCUGCCUCAUGCAGGGACCAGCUUCUUGGUCUUUGAAACACUGAAGCCCUGGACUCGACGGGCGUUGGGCCUGUGGUCGGAGCGCGACCUGCCUAUUUGGGCGCGGCUGUGCUGUGGCGGUGUGGCAGGGCUGGUGGCCCAGGGCGCCAGCUAUCCACUCCACGUGGUCCGUAGAAGGAUGCAAGUCCAACGCUGCAUCAAAGGCCAAAACAAGUACCACUCGGUCUUGCAUGCACUGCUGACGAUCCUCCGAAAGGAGGGCUUCGUGAAAGGGCUCUACAAAGGGAGCUCGCUGACAUUAAUCAAAGGCCCCGUGAGUGCGGCCUGUGGCUUCACGGCCAAUGAUUUCCUGAAGUCCAUCUUGUUGGGCAGUGCCCAUUCACCCGAGCGCUGCCCUCCGCGUGGGUGGCCUGAUGGCUGCGAGGUGGUCCGCGACCCCAGCAAAGCUCUGAAGAAGCUGACCCCCAUCGACCAUUUGAUGACGGGCGGCGCGGCAGGAGCGGUGGCGAAGACGGUGAUCGCCCCGGCAGAUCGGGUGAAGAUCCUUUACCAAACCAACAACAACCGGCCCUUCUCCUGGCAUGGCGUCAGAAGAACGUUUUUCACCAUCUACACCAAUACCGGUGUGACGGGCCUCUGGCGUGGGCACUGUGCGACUUUGAUGCAGGUGAUUCCCAAGUCGGCGACCACGUACAUGACCUUUGAUCGGUACCGCCAUUGGAUCUCGAAGAGCACCACCCUGGACAAUGUGUCGAUCCGCUUCCUCGCGGGCGCGCUGGCGGGAGCGACGGCCACGAGCCUCACCUACCCGUUGGACAUGAUGCGAGCGCGCAUGGCUGCUCAUUGGGACAUGACGCCGCGCUAUCCCAACUAUUUUGCCGCUUUCGAACGCGUCCUGAAGGAUGAAGGGAUCUCUUCUUUCUACAAGGGCAUCCGACCGACCCUGAUGGGUAUCAUGCCAUACGCUGGAUUGAGCUUCAUGGCCUAUGAGACUCUUAAAGCUCACUUGGUGGCAGAUGAGGCCGACGUGACGGUGCAUCAGCGCUUGUUCUGUGGCGCUUGUGCAGGCAUUUUCGCCCAGUCCACCACCUAUCCCUUGGACAUCAUCCGGAGAAGGAUGCAGGUCCAUCCAGGGCUCUAUCGCAACGAGCUGCACGCGCUCCGCGCCAUCUAUCGCAGCGAAGGUCUCGUUGGAGGUCUCUUUAAAGGCGUCUCCAUGAACUGGAUCAAAGGCCCAGUCGCAGUUGGGGUCUCCUUCACAGUCAAUGAUAUUUUGAAGAAGCAGCUGAUGCAGCAGCACAACUUUUAAUGCAAGUCCCGUCCCCUUCCGUGCGUUUUCCCGGUCUUGCGCAGAUGAAGAUUGCGGGCCCACGCACGGCCACAUGCCCGCUUUCGAGGGGCCC